AUGGGAGUUGGCUUAUUAUCUGUUUAAGUACUUCCAAUAGCUUAUGGUUUUCUGGAGUAAGACAUUCCUCACUAUGUCAGAACAAAUCAAUAAAGAAUAUUGGGGAUGAAAAAUCAAAAAAAAGUGAAUUCGAUUCUUGAUAGUGUCACAAGAACAAGAGAAAAAUAAACAUUUGAAUAUGCUCGAUAUACUGAGACUGCAUACAUUUAACAAGAAAAAUCCUAUGUGAUAUAACCUCAAUCUAAGCUUUGCAAUGAGGACUUUGUACCUUUUAAUAAUUAAUUGAUUGAAGUUGAUCCUAUCUCCAAAGAUUAAAAGCUCUAAGAGCGAAAUUUAGAAUUAUAAAACUAACUUCAGACAAAUGUGAAUGAUUUAGAUAUUUGGAAAGAAUUUUUAUUAAUUUAAGAAAAAAUUGCAGAAUUAUAAGGCUAUAAUGAACCUUUAUUGUUGGCAAAUCGAAGAUUAUCGAUUUUACAAAAAUUGGAGCAAGUAUCAGAAGUGCUCGCCGAUCAUCCAUGGGUAUUAGCUUAUAAAAUCUCUCUAAUGUAAAAUUUAGAGCUAAGAAAUGAUGAAUUACAUAAAGAAAUAGAUAAUUGUUGGUCUGAGUUAUUUUCAAAAUAUGUUCAUAUACAACCAAUAUGGAUUUUAUUUCUUGACCAUAAACUCAAAACAGAAAUAUUUAGUGCCACAAUGUUAAGAAUUGAAGCUAAUAAACAUAUAGCUAAUUUAUAAAAGCUGAUUAAUGAAACUACAAGGGCACAACUCGUUUAACUAUUCAAAAGAAUUUAUAUCGAAUUAAUAUAAUAAAUAGCUUUUUAUGAAAGUGAAAUGGGUUUUAAAGAAAGAUCUGUUGGAAUUCUUUAAGCAUUAUGUGAAAUGAAUUUAUUUGCUCCUAAACAUUUACAAAGGACCUAUGAUUUAGAAGAAAAAGUUAAAGAAUUUAGAAAUUAUUGGGAUAUGAAUGUGAGAACUGGAGAAUAAAAUGAAUAUGGGUGGAUCGACACACCUGAAUUAAAGGAUGAUUUUAUUGGGUAUUUUGAUUUGAGUCAAUAAAUAUAAGAGCAAGAGGAUUAAAUCUAAUAAUUCCUUUCCUUUUAAUAGUUAAAAAGAUGGAGACCAGCAAAUUAACGUUUUGAUAUAGAAUGGAUUGAGUAAAAUGUUGAUGCAGCAGUAAUUUAUGAAGAUAUUGAACCAUACCUUUACAUUUUCAAUGAUUAAGAAUCUAAACUUAAUCUUGUUAGUAUUUUAUUACAAUAAAUUGGGUAUCCUCCAAUUGAUUCAUAUAUUUUACCUUAAAUAAAUUAAUUUCAUAGUGCUGAUAUGUGUUAUAAUAAAAUUAGCUUUGAUUAUCACUAGAAUGAAUUUUUCAUUAAAUAUCAAAGCAUCUUUUAAUGUAAAUUUAAAAAUAACUUAUCAUAAUUUGUAUAUGUAAAACGAUUACUGGAAAAAGUUUACUAACAGAUUAAUAAUUAGUUUUUAUUGGUGUAUCUAUUUAUGCUUUAUGGCAUUUUAUAUUUAAACAAUGAUAUAAUUGCACCAAAUUAGGUAUUAUAGUAAGAAUUAAAAUCUGGAUUAAAGCAGAUCAAAAAUAUAUUAAAAGAUUAAUAAAAUAAUUUAGUUCUUUGGAUUCUUUACUAAGAAAUAGAAUCACUUAAAAAAUAAUAGUUUCAAGUUCAGCUCAUCUCUUAAAUAAAGCUAUUUGCUAAAUCUAAGAAAUAAAAGUUAAUGAUCCUCUAUUUUUAAUUUAUCCAUUAGAAUUCAUAUGAAACUUCACUUAAUAUAAUAAAAGAAGCACUAACGGCUUAUGGAGAAGAGACAAUUAUUAGUGAGAGCACUUUAGUUUUAAAAUUAAGAAAUCUGUAUAGGCAGUCAAGAAAUAAGUGGUAAAAUAUUGAAUAUCUUUUCCAAUAUAAGAAGGAGAUUUAGCCAUUUUCAUUGUCUAAACGAUCGAUAUUAUUAAUUUUUCUCUUGUUUUUAUAAUAAAAUGCCAUAAAUGAAACUUUAUAAAAUUUGAUGCAAGAAUCAAAGUAAUUAAAAAGUGUUCGUUUCACAGAUCAAUAAUAAAGGAAAAAGAUUUUAAUUAAGUAUAAGAAUGAAAUUUCAUUAAUUUUUUUAAAUCUUUUAAGAUUUUCUUAGGAAAAGGAAGAGAUAUGUAAAGUAGCAUUAAAAUUGGAUUAAGAUUAAAUAAUUUUUUUUAUUACCUACAUUCAUUAUUUAACCAAGAAAUUUUUAUAUUUUUAAAGACUAGUUGAGUUACAAGAUAUAAUUUAAUUGUAAUCGCCCUAAAUAUGUUGGAUAGCUUAUGUACUUAGUCAAGAUCCAAAUAAAUCAUGGUUCUUGGUAGAGUAUUUAAAGAAUCAAACAGAGAAGGGAUUAGCAUAGAUAUAUUGUGAAAGCAACGAUUAAGAAAAUUUUGAAGGCACAGUAAAUUUAAAGUAUAAUUAUAUUUUGGAAUUGAUGUUUAUGGAUUUAUAAAAGAAACUAAAUCCAAACGUAAAACAAAUGUAUAAGAGUCUAAAAAGAAAUCCAUACUCAAUAUGUAUGUAUGCAAAAGUAAUUGAAGAGCUUAAAGAGAGAAAUGAAUCAUUAAAUCUACUUCAAGAUUUGUAAGAAAAAGAGUUAAAGUGCUUUUGA